CAGUGUGGCUGUGCCCGUCCUGCCAAGGCCACACACCAGUUCAUAUCAAGAGACUGUUGUAACUGAUCUCUGGGUGCAAAGGACGAACACGAACAGAUGUGGCCAGGUGAUGCAAACUAAGGAGCAAGGCUGCUGCUCUGCAAUGAGGUUGCAGGGGUGGAGGCAGCCAGGAGUGUGUGGUUUGGAUAACUCUGGCAACUCUUGCUACUUAAAUGCUGUGUUACAGUGUUUAUGCUCCACUGUGCCUCUUGUUGAACACCUGCUUCACCAGGGAACACGCAAACAGCUGGCAAGGCAUAAGUGUCAGGUGGCCGAGGUGUUUGUGCGGCUGCUGGAGGAGAUGUGGCUGGGAAGGAGCUCCAGGUGCACCCCGGCGGAGGCGAGGUCUGCGGUGUGCUCAAUCCACCCCCAGUUCAACAACUACUCCCAGCAGGACGCCCAGGAACUGCUGCUCUUCCUCCUCAACGCACUCCACGAUGACCUCAAAAGGUGCAGCUACUAUCCCAUCUGCACCGUCAACCCCCCCUCAAAGUGUCCCGCUGCGGAGGGGGAGCCCACCGUUGUGUCACAUCUGUUUGAGGGCCAGCUGAGCUACAGGACGCUCUGUACGCACUGCAGCCAUCAGGCGCACAGCACGCAGAGCUUCACCGUGCUGUCCCUGCCCAUCCCAAAAGACACCACCAAGUGCUCCCUUCAGGACUGCCUGUCUCUGUUCUUUCAGGCCAGCACGCUGACCGGGGGAGACCAGAUGUUGUGUUCAGUGUGUGGGGUGAGGAGAAACACAACAAUCCUCACUGCUCUGGAUAAACCCCCCGAGAUCCUCAUGCUGCACCUGAAACGUUUUGGCUGUAAAGGGAAGAAAAACAUGAAACUGAAGACGAAUGUUUUGUUUUCAAUGGAGAACCUCGACCUCACCCCAUUUCUGUCCAGCCCCUCAGCACAGCACACCUCAUACUGUCUCUACGCUGUGGUGAACCACACGGGUCAGCUGGACAUGGGCCACUACACAGCGCUCUGCCGCAACGCCCUGACCCGCAGCUGGUACUGUUUUGAUGACUCAGUGGUCAGCGAGGUUCAGGACUGCCUCGUCCAGUCUUCCAACGCUUACAUAUUGCUCUACAGCCGCGGGGCUUUCAACAGGCCUAAGAUCAGCGGGCUCUGAGCUCUCCAGCUAUCAGUUCUUAUCCACAGUGGGACUGACGUUCAGAUUCUGUCGCUACAAAUGUAUUUCAAACAUGACGAUAGCACAAAACCGCCUUUUCACUGUCCCUGUGUUUGCUACACUUCAUUUCUGGUUCUUAUUCUCCUGCUGGCUUCAUAUUUUUUGACCCGAAACUGGUCCUGU